AGCAGGAUAAAUCAAAGGGGAUGUGGAUCAAAUGGACCAUUCUUGGAAUAGCUUUCACAGCUUUUUCCUCCUUUGAGACUGCUGCAGGUGACAAGUCCAUCAAAAGUGGCCCGGUACUCGCGAGCACUGCCCUCGGAGAUCAGUGUCAGGUGGACGGCGAUAUCCUCAAGUGUCCCGUGAAACGGGGAGAGACCGCCACAUUCGUAUCGACUUUAAAUAUUGAUGGCUCAGACUCGCACCUGGGGUUGGACUCCCUCCAGCUGACUCUGCGUUGGCCGAAGUUCGGGGAUGUGGUGACCAGGGCUCAGACCUGCAUCAAGUACAAAGGGCAACUGGAGAUCAACGGAAGCUGUACGGUCACCGCGAUACCUGAGGGCAGCUACUACGUGGUCCCUUUCCCGGUCACCAUACCUUCACCCACAAAGCGAGAACGAACAACUCUGAGAGUGUUUGCGUUAGCAAAAUGGACGGACGGUUCUAUCAGUGAAGAAAAAGAGAUUGGAAGAGUCAAAGUGGCUUUAGAAUAAAUAAUCUAUAUUUAAAGUUUCAUGAAAUAAAUUAGUUUUUAUAUGUU